GUCUGCCCCUACUGGUUUUCUUUGACAACGGGAUUUUCCAAAAGCAAUAACCGUUUGUGUUCUUAUUAUAAUGUAGUGAAUCUUUUUAGUAUGUCUUUCAGUAGGAAUGAAUCAAAUGCGAUGGCAGACGAAAGGAAAAGACUGUUGUCUGUCCAGGCUACGGAAUUAGACGAAAUUGAAGUUGAAAUUCGCGCACCACAGAUUAAAGGAUCAUCAUGGUUUGCGAGUGUUUUCAUGGUGGUGAAUGCUGCAUUGGGGGCAGGUCUACUCAACUUUCCUGAAGCGUAUCACCAAGCUGGCGGUGUUCUUGUGGCCAUUCUCAUUCAGGCUGUUUUUCUCAUCUUCAUCAUUGCUGCAAUAAUGAUCCUGGCCUACUGCUCUGACAUCAAGGGAGCUACAACAUACCAGGACGUUGUACUCUCAGUAUGUGGGAAAAAUGCUCAGCGUGCGAGUGCAAUGUUUCUCACUGUCUACUGCUUCGGGACAUGCAUCACCUUCCUCAUCAUCAUUGGCGACCAGUGGGAAGAAUUUUUCAUAUUUGUGGCAAGGUCAUUUUACUGCGAACAUCUACCCUGGUAUAUGAACAGAGCCACCACAAUCGUUGCAACAUCCGUUAUAAUCAUUCUUCCUAUGAGCUUCCCUAAAAGAAUCGACUUCCUCAAAUAUGCCAGCUUUGUUGGUGUGAUAGGAAUCAUCUAUGUGGUGUUGCUAGUCUCCAUAAAAUAUUUCCUGCCACACGAACCACCAGGACCAAUCAAAACCAAGCCAGACCAAUGGAUGGACAUAUUUUAUGUGGUGCCUACAAUCUGCUUUUCCUACCAGUGCCAUGUCAGUAUCAUUCCAAUCUAUUCCUGUAUGGAACCACGCACUCUCAAGAAUUUCUCAAAAACCAUUUCCAUGGCGAUAUUCCUCUGUGUUAUCACCUACACAGGGACUGCUGCGUUCGGCUAUUUCACAUUCGGUGAUCGGAUUACCAGCGAUAUUCUGUUGUCGUACAAUCCAGAUGUCUCAGUCCUUGUAGCUGUGGUGUUGAUUGCAGUGAAGACUUACACAACAUACCCAAUCUUACUGUUCUGUGGGAGGGCAGCCCUUGACUGUCUAUGGACAGAUGUAUGGCGGAUGUCACCUGAACGCAUCAACUCCACGGAACCACGUCGUCGUUACAUCAUGACAAUACUGUGGUUUAUUGCAACCCUCAUUCUAGCAGUGUUCAUCCCCAACAUUGGCGUCGUUAUACAGCUACUGGGGGCAUUUGCUGCUGUGUUUAUCUUUGCAUUCCCAGGAAUGUGUAUGUUGUCAGUGGCAAUGACAGAGGUUCGUGAAAAUGAUUGGAGUCGACGAUUGCGCUUUAUAGUGGCCUUCUCGUGUUGUUUUAUCACGUUGGGGACAUUCAUAUUUGGUCUCACCCUUGCAAUGUCCAUACAGAGUAUUCUGGGAGGAAAUAUAACAGCAGACAAGUCCAGGUGCUAAGAAUUUCAGAGAAAAGAAAACUCAUCUGGAAUUAUAGACAAGUCUAGCUGCUAAGAACUUCAGAGAAAAGAAAACUCAAUGGGAAUUAGCAUUUCCGUCAAGAUUUGAUGUUAACAAAAAAAAAAUCAGUAAUUUUUCUUUACAUUUCCAUUUUUGAUUCACAGUCAAUCUAUUAUUUUACAUUUAACAGGGAUAACAAAAUUCAAGAUUAAUCCAGAGAUCUGGAUGGAAGCUUUAAAUUCCAAAUAUUUGUAUGCUUGUCAAACUUAUUUUCUGCUGGGCAUUGGCCUGAGAAAUAUUAAAAAAUACAUUGAAAUGGUUGUAAAUAAAUUUGACAACAAUUUUCUUGAUUGAUAUAACCCUGCUUUUGGCUGGAAUACCUCAUUUUGAAACUAUAUAUUUUUAGAAUUUUUAUGAUAGGGAUUGUUGGAUUGCUAUCAUCAGUAAUUUUAUGAGAUUCAAAAGAUCUCAUCAGUGUACCAAUUUUACAUUUUCAUUUAAUCAUUCAAUGUGAGCUAUAUUUUGAGCUAUACUUUAUUGUCAACUUUAGAUUAGGCAAAAUGCAUGUACACAAUGAUGUUUUCAUAGGCUUGAUUUCAGUGUAGUUUAAAGUCUUAAUGUAUUCAGACAUAUCUCUCAAGAACAUGUAAUAUUUUUUAUAUGCAUAUUUUUCAUGGUCAGUAAUUAUAGCCUCUGGUUGUUAAUAUUUAUGAGUCAGUAAUGUUCUGAGUUUGUAUGGGGAUGCUGUGGAUCAAAUAUGUACAUUUAGUAUAUGCCUAUCAAUAUCCAGCACUAAGUACUUACAAACCAAUAUCACGCUUCUGUUGCUUUCCGAUUCUGUAUCUACACUGUACCAUGUGUUGAGUGCUACCAUUUUCACACUGACGGUUAUUUAGUUUUUUUGCGAUAGUUACUUACGACUCGAUAACAAGAACAUACUGUAUUUCCUAAAGAAACUAUUCCAAUACAUUUUAACUGCUGAUUUGUGUUUAUAUUCAAGUACAUGCACUAAAUAAAAAAAGCGAGUGGCUUAUGACGUCAUUUACUGAAUGGGCAUUCGAGGUAGUGUCAUGUAAAAGCUAAGUGCAGUUUGGUUGGUUAAAAUUACUAAGAGUGCGUUAAAUCAUGGAAUUAAUCAAAGAAGGCAUAUAAUAAAAAUAAAAUUACAAUAUGAUGUUUUUUUGUCAACCUGUAUCAUGUCUCCUUUGGUAUAUAACCAUGUAUCCAUCAAGACUGCCACGACGGAUAUGGGGCAUGUUGAGAUUAUUGUUUUUAAUGAGUGUAUAUUCUGCAAUUCUAAUUUUAUAUAUACAUAAUCCAUGAGAAUGAAUCGUAACUUGAACCAUGAUGUACUCACUACGCUAAUUAAUUUCAGUAUAUGAAAUGAACAAUUCCUCUACAGUCAAAAUAUUGUGCACUAGUUGUGUUUGCAAUCUGUGAUAUGAAUUUUAUUUGAAUGCAAGGUAGUUGACAAACUUUUCAAGAUUUUUACGCAAUGUCACUUGUAUCAAUAUAAUUGUGCAAUUUUUGAGUUGUGUAAAUGUGUGUUGUGUCGUUUAGGAGUUGUAUCUUAUGUGCCAUUUUCCUGUAUGUUUAAUUGAGCAAUAUCUUUACCCAACAUGACACAUGAAUAUUUUUUUAUAUGUUUAAUUAAUUUCAAGCAAUAUUUGUCCUAUUUUUAAAAAAGUAUUUCAUAAGUACACACAGGGACAUGUAAAUCAUUUAUAUGUGCUUGGUGUAAACUAACAUUUUGAUUUUAUUUUGUUUGUGCAUAUUUAAUGUUCUUACAUUUAAGCAUCUUAGAAACUCAAAAUUCUUAAUGGUUCGUUUUACCAAAUAAACUUGUGUUAUUUUAUAUUUCAAUUUAUUGCAAUAAAGUUUUAAUGUUUGCAUGUCUCUAGUAUUGAUUAUUUUAUCUCAUUUGUAAUGUGCAUGUUUCAGGAAUAUGUAAAAACCUGGUUGUAAAAAUAGAGAGUUUAUUGGA